GGGACGCUGAUCUGCUGCCUGGCUUUACAGUGAAGACAUCACGGCUCCGACUGCAGCUUUCUGUAGAAAUCUACUGUACACAUUAGCGCUUUCCUCCGACUUUCACACUGCUCAAGGCGCAUGCUCAGACUAACUGAGGCUGCAGUGGUUUUAUUGAGGAACUCAGAGACACUGAACAUUUUUAAAGAUGACCACUUCAUGGAGUGACAGACUGCAGAACUAUGCAGACUUGCCUGCCAACAUGGACGGCAUGACGAUGAAAAAAUACAGGAGAGAACCGUACCACAGAGUGUUCGUCAACAGAAGCUUGGCGAUGGAGAAGAUUAAGUGCUUCGGCUUUGAUAUGGAUUACACUUUAGCAGUGUACAAAUCACCAGAAUAUGAGUCACUUGGUUUCGAGCUCACAGUGGAACGGCUGGUUUCCAUCGGUUACCCCCAGGAACUGCUCAGCUUCGUCUACGAUCCAUCAUUUCCCACCAGGGGGCUUGUUUUUGACACCAUGUAUGGAAACCUGUUGAAGGUUGAUGCCUAUGGUAAUAUACUGGUGUGUGUCCAUGGAUUUAACUUCCUCAGAGGCCCUGAGACCCGUGAGCGGUACCCAAACAAGUUCAUCCAGAGAGAUGAUACAGAGCGUUUUUAUAUCCUUAACACACUCUUCAACCUGCCAGAGACCUACCUCUUUGCCUGCCUAGUGGAUUUCUUCUCCAACUGUGACAGAUACACAAGCUGUGAAACUGGCUUCAAGGAUGGCGACCUAUUCAUGUCCUACAAGAGCAUGUUCCAGGAUGUCCGCGACGCCGUCGACUGGGUCCACUUCAAGGGGACUCUGAAGGAGAAGACGGUUGAGAACUUGGAUAAGUAUGUAGUGAAAGAUGGAAAGCUGCCUCUUCUCCUCAGCAGAAUGAAUGAAGUAGCCAAGGUUUUCUUGGCUACCAAUAGUGACUACAAAUACACUGAUAAAAUCAUGACCUACCUGUUUGACUUCCCCCAUGGCCCCAAGCCCGGUACCUCCCACAGACCCUGGCAGUCCUACUUUGAUCUGAUCCUGGUGGACGCCAGGAAGCCUCUGUUCUUUGCUGAGGGUACGGUGCUCAGACAAGUCGACACGACAACAGGGCGUCUAAAGAUAGGAACCUACACUGGUCCUCUGCAGCAUGGUAUAGUCUACUCUGGAGGAUCCUCAGACAUCGUGUGCGACUUGCUGGGGGCCAAGGGGAAGGACAUCGUGUACAUUGGUGACCAUAUCUUCGGAGACAUCCUCAAGUCCAAGAAACGUCAAGGCUGGAGGACGUUCCUGGUCAUACCCGAGCUGGCGCAGGAGCUGCACGUGUGGACCGACAAAAGCUCGUUAUUUGAAGAACUGCAAGGUCUGGACAUUUUCUUGGCAGAACUCUACAAACAUCUGGACAGCAGCAGUAACGAGAGGCCGGACAUCAGCACUAUUCAGAGAAGAGUCAAGAAAGUCACACAUGACAUGGACAUGUGCUACGGCAUGAUGGGUAGCCUUUUCCGCAGUGGCUCCAGACAGACCCUGUUUGCUUCCCAAGUGAUGCGCUAUGCUGACCUGUACGCAGCCUCCUUCAUUAACCUGCUGUACUAUCCAUUCAGCUACCUCUUCAGAGCUGCGCACGUGCUGAUGCCCCACGAGUCAACGGUAGAACAUACCCACGUGGACAUUGACACUGAGUCACCGCUGGCUACACGCAACCGCAGCCAGUGCAGCGACUGCAAAGACCUGGAGUGCAAACGCAACCAGCUGACCCGAUCCUUCAGCGAGAUCAAACCUCCCAACCUGUUCCCCCAGACUCCACAGGAGAUCACUCACUGCCACGACGAGGACGAUGAUGAGGAAGAAGAGGAGGAGGAAGAAGAGGAGGAGGAGUAAGAAACUGCACAUAAAAGAAGAAGAAGAAGAAGAAGUAGAGUUCCUGCCGCCUUACUGUAUGUUUUCCUGUAGAGUUGGGUAGCGAUCUCUCUCAAAGAGUCAGGGUGGGAAAACCUCUCCAGUGUGUGUGUGUGUGUGUGUAUGUGUGUGUGUGUGUGUGGGGGUAUAACUUAAGCCAUUUUCAGGGACACACACCAGACUUAUUAUAUAAUCCCCAAUAACCAGUUGAUUGGGGACGGCUUGUGCAGAAGGUGUGUCCCCCUGAUUUUUGGGUCAGUGAUUGAGGUUAAGGCAAGCAGUGGUUAUAGUUCAUGUCAAGGGAUGUCUCCAGGAAAUCAAUAUAAGUCUAUGUAAAUACCCCUAAAGUGACUUAAGUAAACCUUUGUGUGUAUAGAUAUACAUAUAUCAAUAAUGCAUACUUGGGCUGGGUGAUAUGGAAAAUAAUUUGACCAAAUACCUCAAUAUCAACAUUUGGCAAUAUCGUAGGGUUAACUAGUGGUGCUUUCACACAAUAUUUAGACUAUUAGAUUUUUGAUAAAUAAUCAUCAGUAAUGUGGAUAUAAUGAUUAAUGAUUACUAAUUAGUUCAGAAAAUUACUACAAUCAAUUUUCUCUAAUGCAGCCUUUAAAAUACUCACAAUAUCCAAAAUCUAAGAUGAUAUCUAGUGCCAUAUCAUGAUAUCCAUAUAAUAUCAAUAUAUUGCCCAGCCCUAAUACACACAAGCACAUACACACACACACACACACACACACACACAUACAUACAUACAUACAUACAUAUAUACUGGAGGUUUCUGAGGAUACUUAUGAAAGUAUAAAGGACCAGUAGCAAGACAGAUCAUAUGACUGUCAGAAGACUGUAUGCAUGAUUGAUCUGCCAAAACCCAACUUUUUUUAGUUUGAUUUAUACAAAAGAAGAAAAAAAAAUAGAAAGAAACACUUGACGGUUCUUUAAUUGAUUUGAUUUGAUGUCUGUAUUAUUUUUUCCAGUCAAACACAAACUCGAGUAAACACACUAUAUUUCAUGAUGUUUUUAUAAACUGACUUUUAAGAUCUGGUUUUGGAUUGGCUGUAGACUGUAAACUAGUUUUAAUCAUAGACGUUUUGGCCUUGCUGACACAGUAUUCACAUUAUAAUUGGACGAAGAAAUUUUUAUAGUUAUGCAGAUGGAGGAAGAUGCAUAUAUUUCAACUGCCUUUAAAAAAAAAAAAAAAAUGCAACAUGGGAACAACAUUCAAUUAGUUUCUUUUUUCAUUUUGUCUCAUCAUUAUAGAGAGGGAGGUUCUUUGUUGUAACUUGUCCAAGUAUGCAAGAGUGUGUGUGUGUGUGUCUGUGAAUCUGUGUGUGUAUCUGCCAAAGUAGACUCACUCAGACAAGUAGCACCCUGAGUGACAGUAAGCUAAACUAAAGCACAAGCCGGCGUUUAAACCGAUCAAGGAACCAGAUGCUUUUUUUUUUUUUGUUUGUUUGAAGUUUGGUUGAGAGAACAUGUCGUGGCACACAGCUUUGUUGAACUGAUAUUUGGUUACCAAGCAACAAUGAGGACAUAGUACUGUAACCGUAUUAUAUGCCGAUAGUCUCUAUGACAACCCUAAAGUAGUGCUUCUGUAAAUAGCCAUCACGGUUCAUGGUUUAAUGUCAUGAGCAGAUAACAUGCAGUAUUUUUCAACUUGGUUAAAUAGGAAAAUGAAACUUGAGUAUUGCAUUUCAGAGGGGUUCAUUUUCAUAUGGGGGGGUGGGGGAGGGGUCAACAAUACAAGACAUUUUUGACCAGUUCGAGCUGCUUUGAGAUCUCAAGAUGUGUGAAGUGAUUUUUUUUUUUUUUUGUCAUGUAAUAGAAGCGUACAAGUGGCCUCUGUAUGCAAGGAAAAGAGGCUUUUAGGAUGCUCAGUUCAGUCAGUCUAUCUGGCUCCAAACUGUGAUCCGCUUAGCUGCCUUCACUUCACUGUUUUCAUCUACUGAAGAGAGGUCUGCUUCAUCCCGGUCGAUCAGAGUGUUGCGAGGCUGUGUGGAGGAGGAGUGUGUGUGUACAAUACUCAUCUGUAAGGCCUCAACACUGUGAAUUGACCAUUUUGUUAUAGUGUUGCUUCUACUGUAGCUGUGUUACUGGUAGAUCUCUGACUUUAAGCACAUUAUACAUUAGUCACUAUCAAGUUUGGUUUGAUUUCAUCGAAAGUGACCAAACCACCCACCAACCGUCAUUACCACUGACUGUAUAUAAAUAUGGACGAUGCCCCUCUACUUUCCGAGUGAAGUCAAAAUGUCCUUGUUAUCCUUUCUUGGAGCUACCAGAGCCUACACAGUAGAGUCAGGCUUCAUAUGAUGGAUGUUUGAGAGCGGCUGUCACAGCUGUCAAUCAUGAUGUCACACCCUCUUUUUAUAUGACGUCCAUAUUUAUAUACAGUCAAUGGUCAUCACACUCUGAUACAAAUGUUGCUAAAAUCCUGAUUGGUGCACAGAAGUCCUUGACAUCACGUCUUUCCAAAUGAGCCCCGCCCAUUUUAAAACCAGCGAGAAGAGCACAGCGAAAACCAGAAAUCUCAUGUGAAAUAACCGAAACUGUUCAAACUUUGUCAGAAACUCAAUUUCAAUCAUUGUGACCUGAUUUUUUUAUUCUUCCUUUUCCUUAAUGUCUUCUGUAUCCUGUAUGUAAACUUUACUUUCUCCUUAUACUUAGUCUGGACUUGUUCUAUCAGUCGUGUUCAUGUGGGAUCGGCCUGUUGAUUUAGGACACAAAAGGGAAGUAACAUGCCACCAUGUCAACCUUUUUUCUUUUUUUUUUGAUUUGGCUUGUUGUUGUGGAGCAGAGGAAGGUGAACGUGUUAAACUGCAAGUUUGUGUGUCGAGACGUGACAGAACCUUGUAGAAAACAAAGAAACCUAUUACAGUUAUUUGUUACCAUUUUCUUUUUUUUUCCUUCAUUUUUUUUUUUACAAAUGAAAUAUUUGUAUUCAAUUUCAAUUUAGUGUCUUGGACAUAGGAUGACUGGAUUUGCUACAUGAGGCAGCUGUUUUGCUACUAAGAAAUGGUCGACCAGUUUUUCUUUGCAUCAUUUGCAUAUGCAUGUGAAAAUAAUGAGCAUAUCCGUUCUGCCAAGCUGAUGAUGGUAGCAUUGGUUUAGCUUCUAUGUGCAUCCUUUUUUUUUCUUUUAGGAACUUUUUUUUUUUCUGACUGUUGUCAUUGUAGUUUACACAGGGAGAAAUAACUGUUAACCUGUUAAAAAGCAAACUUACAAUGAAGGGAAAUGUGAAUAGCAUGUUAAGUACUAAAAUGUUACUUGUAAUCAACACCAUGGGGUUAUUUUUAUUUUUCUAAGCUAGUGUUUUUAAAUGGUCUUAGUUUACAGAACUGUAAAUAGACCUUUUCAUUUCCUUACCUUUAUCAUAUUUCUUUUUCCAAAUAACAUUUUGUGUUAUCUUUUAUACAGUGUCAUAGAGGUCUGUCGCUUGGACUUUGAACUAAACUAAACUUAACUAAACUAAAGCCUGGCAAGCAGGUUAAAGCGCUUCAGAUUCUUUUUUUUCUUUUUUUUUUUUGUUGUGAUGCCCAAAAUGCAUCCACUCUAACAACAGGUGCCAAAACCAGUCACCUUUCAUUUUCUGAACUAUGGUAAUCCUUUGUGUUAUGCAUAUCAAUUUUGUGUUCUUCUGAACAGUGUUUUGUUUGUUUCCAGAAAUUAUCCUACAGACUGUACAUUGAGGUAAAUUACAUAAAAAUGUAGAAUAAAGAUAGUUUUUCAUACU